AUGGCGUUGCAUUUCAGAUCUACCGACAAUGAUUACAGUCAAGUCUUCAUCAUCUUGAGGGAUUGGCUUCAAGCUGAUUCCCCUGCGCCUUCUGGAGAAAUCGCAAACAAGAUUGAUGCUUACCAUGCCAAGUCCUUCGAGGAAGAGAAGCAACUUCCGAAAGAAGAGAAGGAAGGCGUGGAGCUGGAUCCGGAUGGGUGCUAUGGGCCAUUGUGGGAAAUAUGGAUAGCUUUCAUUGUGAUUGUGGAACAGGUUCCACACAAUCAUGCUGCCCAAGACAAGCUGGUUGAUGUUAUAAAAGGACUGAAGGACUUGGCGGGUCGCAAGGUCGAGCUUGAAGGGGCCGAUUUAGAUGUUUGGAAAGCACUGCCUAUAUUCCAUAGCUGCAUACGCGAUUACUAUCAACCACAUCUAAAUACGGAAAAGCCCGUGUCACCCGAAGAGGCUCAAAAGUGGCGCAACGUAACAUCAUUCGUGGCACGCUGUUGGCAAAUUGGAUUUUUCAACGCGUCUCGUCAGGCGUUAUACUUACUGCGCGCCACACUCGAGCAGCCAGUCAAGGACACAUCGGCCUUGGAGCAAGUCCUUCCCAUAGCAUCAGAAUGGAUUGUACAUAGCCGUGCUGCGCUUCACGAAAGUGUCCAGUCAGGAGACAGCGGGGAGGAAAUCCAAAGGCAGAGUGCUGGUACACUCUACCAGGGGCCAAAUAAGCUCUGUAUCGAGAGAUGGGGGUUCUGGCAAGGUCGGUUUGAAGGGGUUGCUGGCCAACUUCAGAAAGAUAUCAAGGAACUAGCCUUGCAGUGUGCAUCGGAGAUGGGGAGCAUUUCUAACUAG